AGUGGCUUCGGAGUGGCUGGCAGGAGGCCAGGGGGCUUUGCCAGGAGGAAGUGGAUUAGUCGCAGAGCUGGGUGGGGAACCCUGGCCCCGCCCACCCGCAGGGUUAUAAGGCGACCGACAUCCCUUGGGCCCCUCCAUCCCUGGGGCCAGCGACACCCUCCCAGACCAUGGGCCCCGGCCGCGCCCUCCCCUGGGUGCUCCUCCUGGCACUGGCCAGUGCCUUCCGCCCCAACCCCGAGUCAGGGGGCCUGGCCCCCGGCGACUUCACCGACGCCGACAUCACCGAGCUGGGCGCCCUGCGGGCUGUGGCCUGGUUCCUGGAGAGGAACCCGCCCGCCGGGAAGCCCCCCAUGGCCCCCGGGACGCUGGAGAACAUGGAGCCGCUCACGGCCAGCGGGCUCUUCAAGGCCUAUUUCCAAGCCGAGGUCUCUGCCGGGCGCCUGGCCGAGGCGAUCCAGGAAAUCAUCACUGGGAACAACCAGGUGGAGAUUUUCCACCUGGACGACAGCAGCUACCACUUCCACUGCGAGGAGAUCGCCCGAGGGGCGACCCGGCUCCGGCUGCUGCGGGACGCGGCCGUGGGGGCGCUGGGCGGCGCCGGGACCCCGGGGGGGCUGGAGUCGGCUCGGCUCAGCGCCGGGAAAGCCCUGCACGUCCUGCAGCAAUUCUACAGCAACACCAACUGGGCCGAGCUGGGCCAGGCCGAGCCCUACGCGCACCUGGUGAACGCCUCCAGCCCGGCCGUCCCGACAGCGCCCCCGGACAAGCCAACGUGCAAGGACUGUGCCAAGGAGCCGGGGGGGCGCUAUCUCUGCCAGGAGAACGUGCUGGUGAGUGACAUGGUGACCAGCGGGUACAAGCUGUCGGGCACCUGCCGGAGCAAACCCCGAGGGAAAUGCGGCCAUGGGGGGCGGAACGACGUGACCCAGAACUUCUCCCCGACCGGCGGCAUCAACAAAGAGACCUCGGACCCCCAGCUCUCGCCCCACCACCACCUGCACCGCCAGGCCGCGGAGCUGGCCACCCGGGCCACGCGGGACUUCUUCGUGGGACCAGGCUCGGGGCUCCUGGCCCAGGUGGGCUCGGCCGCCUUCCGGAAGCUCUUCAACCUGGCCGGCUACUCGCUGACCUUCGCCAUCGACACGACGGGCAGCAUGAGCUCCGACAUCGCCCAGGUCCAGCGCGUCUGCCUGGAGCUCAUCCGCCAGCAUGUGGGCUCUGCCGACGCGCCCCACAACUACGUGCUGGUGCCGUUCAAUGACCCAGAUGUGGGACCCGUCUACACCACCCAAGACGUGGGACAGUUCGAGGCGGCCAUCGCACGGCUGGUGGUUAAUGGUGGUGGGGACUGUCCCGAGCUGGCGCUGACCGGCCUGGAGAUGGCGCUGCGGGCGAGCGAGCCCCGCUCGAAAAUCUUCCUCUUCUCGGACGCGGGGGCGAAGGACGAGGCCCAGCUGGAGCAGGUCAAGGUGCUGGUGGAAUCGACCCGCAGCCAAGUCAACGCCCUGCUGACAGGGUAUUGCGCCCCCCGCAGCGCCCGGGCCAUGAACAUCUUUGAGGAGCUGGCAGCCUUCUCGGGGGGCUACUAUGUGCUGACGUCGAAGGCUGAGCUCUCGGGGGUGCUGGGGGUCAUGGAGCUGGCCCUCAACGCGGCCCCCAUCAUGGUGACCCGGGCCCGGCUCCUCGGCUCCCGCUUCCCCUUCCCCGUGGAUGACACCCUGAGCGAGCUCUCCGUGUCCGUGCGCAGCCUGGCCGGCAACAGCUUCAGCGUCUCCCUCCUGCAGCCCUCAGGCGGGUCGCCGGCCGGUGUGGAGCCGGUGAUCAACACAGCCCUGCACAAGGUGCUGAAGCUGCGGCUGGUAGAGGCCGUGGGGACCUGGACAGUGGCACUGACCCCCAGCAGCAGCUACGAGGUGGAGAUCGGGGGCAAGAGCCUGUUGGACGUGACCCUGCAGAUCCUGGAGCGACGCCAGGACCUGGUGCUGCCCAUCCAGGGCCGGCCCGUGCGAGGGGCGAAUUACACCGUCUCAGCCCGGCUGCUGGGGGAGGCACGUGGCGCCCGGCUGCUCCGGCUCCUGGCCCUGGACGGUGCCGGGGGCCUGGUGGGCACCGCGCCCCUGAACCAGAGCACAGAUGCCAGCGGGAACCUCCUGGCCCUGGCGCCCAUCAGCUUCCAGCUGCCGGCCACGGUGCUGGGCGUGGAGGGGCUGACGGGCGCCGGGCUCCCCUUCACCCGCCUCCGCCCCGACCCCAUGGCCACCGAGUCAGUGCAGGUCCGGGCCCUGGACGGGCAGAACGGCACGCUGCUGCCGGGCACGGUGACGCGGCUGGCGGUGCUGGUUGUGAACGACGGGGCCGAGGCCACGUUCACCUUCUCGGUGACCGACGAACUGGGGCUGCUGCAAGGCUACGACCCCCCUGGGGGGCGCCUAGGACCCGGUGCCAGAGUCAUCCUCAGCGGGACCUUCGCCGCCCCCGCCAGCCACACCGGCUUCUCCUCCAGCAUCGCGACGUUUAUGGCACAAAGUUCGUCAGCUCAUAAUUACGUGAAAAUCCCCAUCAUGGUGGUGCCAGAAGACGCCGUGGUGACAGAUGAGAACCCGCCGGCCCACAGGCUGCUGGAGCUCUCCAUGCCCUGCGCGGGCAGCAUCCAGCACGACCCCGACUGCGCCCGGCACGUCUGGACCAUGAGAUUUCACGCGGUCGAUGCGGAGAGUCCGGUGACGGUCCGGGUCGGCGCCAACCCCUCUGGGCUGAGCUGCCGCCCGCGGGGACCCAGCGCGGACGAGGGCCUCGUGUGUGACUAUCGCUGGACGUGCUGCUUCCCGUACGCGGAGGUGCUGGUCAGCGAUGAGAACGGAAACACAGAUGCCUUCACUGUGGACUAUCGGACACCCGGCCCCACCGCAGCAUGGUGAGUGGGGGUCCUGUGCUCACCCCACGGCUCAGCAGGGGAGGGGAACCCCCAGUUCCCGCCGAGUGACCAAAAUGGAAGGUCUUUGGGGGCUUUAAGCUUUCAAUAAAUGCAGGCACCCAGCA